AUGGCAACAACAGCAAUGAAAGGUAGUGGAAUACAUGUAGUUGUAUUCGAUGAACGUGAUAAAAUUCUUCCACUUAUACGUAAAGCAAUAAUUGAAUCUAUUACAUCAUUUAAUUAUUUACCUGCUUGUAUGUCAUACAUCGAUGAAAUGACGAUGGAUAAUGAAACAACUAUUGUAGUAACAACAUCAAUCGAUGAUCGUGUUAUAAAAACAUUCGAAGCUUCGAAUUCUAUUGAAGCUGUUUUUAUUUUAUCUACUACACGUAAAGAAAUCGAUAAAUCAUUCACUAAAGUAGUUGGUGUUUAUCCUCGAAUGGAUAAUUUAUUACCAGUACUUUUUGAAACACUCGAUAUAGUAGAAUUACAACUCAAUGCAAAUAGUAUUCUUUUUCAUCGUAACUUAGAUGGAGGUGAUAAUAUAGACUUUUAUUUUUAUAAUCUCUGGUUGAGUCAUGAAAUAAAUCAAAAACUAACAAGAAAAGAUCUUAUUGAACAAGCUAAUAUUUUUUAUCGUUCAAAAAAACAAAUGCAUACGGCCAUUCAUGAGUUUGAUACAUCCUACAAUAAACUAGACAUUUUAAAUUGGAUUCAUAGAUCGGAUCGUGCAUUUCCAUAUCAUAUACUUAUAACAAAUGCUCUUCGUACACAUGAUCAACAUAUUUUAGGACUUACUCGUUUUUUUAUUCUUGAUUUAACUAGACAAUUGAAACCUUUAUCAACAAUACAGAUGUGUAGUCAAGGUUAUUAUGGUACAAAAUUACCAUUAUCAGUUGUCGAUCGAUUUGAACAGCAAACAUCAAGAGAUAUUAUUUCAUUUCAAUGUUUUCUUCCUGUAACAAAAACAAGAGCAAAUGCAUUAGCAGUAGCAGUACGUCCAACUCGUCGUCGUAAAAUGAUUAGUGUACUUUUUAAAAUCGAUGCAAGUAAUGCACUUGGUGUGCAUAUGGGAGAUAUAAUUCUUCUUGAUAUGGCAACAGCAUUUUAUAUAAUUGGUGUAUCAAGAUAUGCUGGUUUUGGUAGUGCUAGAGAAUUAGUUACUAUUAUUCAAUUAGUUGCAGUUGAUUCAGGAUCUAAACAACAAUUAUAUGAAGAAUUUAUUGAAAAAAAACAAAGCGAAGGAAGAUCAAUAGAUGAAUUUUUAAUAGACACGAUUCCUCUUCUCAAGUCCGAUGAUAUGUAUAAACGACAAAAUAAAAAUAAAUCAGACACACCAAAAGAUGUCCCAGAAUUAAAAGAUGACCCAGAAUCAAAAGAUAUUUCUGAGGAUGAAAUUGCAGGAGAUGAAUUUAUCGCUCAUGGUGAAUGGGAUCAAGCAAUUAAUGCUUUCUCUCGUAUAGAGGAUCCAAACGUUCGUGUUUUAAAUAAAGCAGGAUGUUUGUUACGUGAACAUUUACAAAAUCUACCGGGUGCACUUGAAUGUCAUGAACAAGCAUUACGCAAAGCUACCAAUAGAGAAAAAGCUGAUACUCUUAUGCAUCUUGGUACAGUUAAUAAUGACAUGAGACAACAUAAUGAAGCAUUAAAAUGUUAUUCUCAAGCAUUGCAAUGGUAUGAAAAUGAAAAACCAAAAGAUCCAGCUACAAUAGCUCGAUGUCUUGUUGGUCUUGGUAAUGCACAUUGGGCAUGUAGACAACUUAAUGAAGCACUCGAUUGUGCUCAACGUGCUCUUACUAUACGUGAACAAGAAGUUAAACCAAGAAAUGACUUUGAAAUAGCAGGUUGUCUUGGUAAUAUGGGAAAUAUAUUACAUGAUCAAGGUGAUAUGGAACAUGCAUUAUCAUGUGCUCAACGAGCUGCUGAUAUAUUAAGUCAAUGUGGAAAAAAUGAUCCUCGAGUAGCUGCUGCUUACAAUAAUUUAGGUGCGAUGUAUCUAGUAUGUGGAGAUUAUAGUAAAGCACGAGAAUAUUUUCAACGUGCACUUGACAGUUUACCAAUUGAAAAUCAUCCAUAUCGAAUAAGUACAUUAAAUAAUAUUGCUCGAUUAAAUGCUAUUGAAAAAGGACAAAAACCAUAA